AUGGAGCAAUUAUCAGAUGAAGAACUUGACCAUGGUGCGGAAGAAGAUAGUGAUAAGGAAGAUCAGGAUCUGGACAAGAUGUUUGGGGCCUGGUUGGGGGAACUGGACAAACUCACACAGAGUUUGGAUACAGACAAGCCUGUGGCACCAGUGAAGAGAUCACCUCUCCGUCAGGAAACCAAUCUUGCCAACUUCUCAUAUCGCUUCUCCAUGUACAAUUUGAAUGAAGCCCUGAAUCAGGGGGAGACCGUGGAUCUAGAUGCCCUCAUGGCUGAUCUCUGUUCCAUAGAGCAGGAGCUCAGCAGCAUUGGGUCUCAUUCAGCAAACAAUGCUGCAGUGAAACGCCUUGCCACAGAACCCAAAGCUCAGAAACCACCUGCUAGCCGACCUUCUACUAAGCACAGCAGCAUGAAAGGAUUAUCCUCCUCAUCUGGUAAGGCGACUAAAACAUCACAUGCCAACGUGUCUUUGGAUGACAUCACUGCACAGUUAGAGAAGGCCUCUUUAAGCAUGGAUGAGGCAGCCCAACAGUCUGUUGCAGAAGACACCAAACAAGUAGUUACUGCUCAGCACAGGAGGACAGCAUCUGCUGGCACAGUGAGUGAUGCUGAGGUGCGCUCAAUCAGUAACUCCUCCCGUUCCAGCAUAACCUCUGCAGCUUCCAGCAUGGACUCCUUGGAUAUCGAUAAGGUGACAAGACCUCAGGAACUGGACUUGAUGUCACAAGGGCAACCAAUCACUGAGCACUCCUAUUUGGACAGGGAAACCUCCCUCCUUCUGAGAAACAUUGCAGGAAAGCCUUCUCAUUUGCUGACCAAGGAGGAGCAGGCUGCUAAACUCAAAGCUGAGAAGAUUAGGGUUGCGUUAGAGAAGAUUAAAGAGGCACAAGUAAAAAAGUUGGUGAUCAGAGUCCAUAUGUCUGAUGACAGCUCAAAAACAAUGAUGGUGGAUGAGAGGCAGACAGUGAGACAAGUAUUAGACAAUCUGAUGGACAAAUCGCACUGUGGUUACAGUUUAGACUGGUCAUUGGUGGAAACCAUCUCUGAAUUGCAGAUGGAAAGGAUCUUUGAAGAUCAUGAAAAUUUAGUUGAAAAUCUUCUGAAUUGGACAAGAGAUAGUCAAAACAAACUAAUGUUCGUGGAACGUAUAGAGAAAUAUGCACUUUUCAAGAAUCCCCAGAACUAUCUUCUGGGGAAGAAAGAAACCUCUGAGAUGGCAGACAGAAAUAAAGAGGUGCUGCUAGAGGAAUGUUUCUGUGGAAGUUCUGUAACUGUGCCAGAAAUUGAGGGAGUUUUGUGGCUGAAAGAGGAUGGUAAGAAGUCUUGGAAGAAACGUUAUUUUCUUCUUCGAGCUUCUGGAAUCUACUAUGUCCCUAAAGGAAAGGCAAAGGUCUCGCGGGAUCUUGUGUGCUUUUUACAGCUUGAUCAUGUCAGUGUUUACUAUGGACAGGAUUAUCGGAACAAAUACAAAGCACCCACAGACUAUUGUUUAGUGCUAAAGCAUCCUCAGAUCCAGAAGAAAUCACAGUAUAUCAAGUAUCUUUGCUGUGAUGAUGUAAGAACUCUACACCAAUGGAUCAAUGGCAUCCGCAUUGCUAAGUAUGGGAAGCAACUAUACAUGAACUAUCAGGAAGCACUGAAGCGAACGGAGUCAGCGUAUGACUGGACUUCCUUGUCUAGCUCCAGUAUCAAGUCGGGCUCCAGCUCAUCUAGUUUGCCAGAAUCUCAAUCAAAUCAUUCUAAUCAGUCUGACAGUGGAGUUUCUGACACCCAGCCAGCUGGACAUGUCCGUUCCCAAAGUAUUGUCAGCUCCAUGUUCUCUGAGGCCUGGAAACGGGGCACUCAACUGGAGGAAUCCAGCAAGGUAACAAGAAGACUUUAGUUUGAGAGCCAACACCCAACAAAAUGUACGAGACAGAGUGAUGCCUCUUCCACCUCUGUCUUGUGUGGGAUUUCUUCUCUUUUUUACUCUUAUGUUACUGACAUAUGCUGCCAUAUAAUUGGUUUUUCAGGGAAUUCAUCCCUGGAGCCUUCUGUUCUUGCUUUUACUUUUGUGCACAGAAGCCCUCUGUUCUUUGAAGCCAUAAUACAGCCCUUCACAUAGAAUCCUAUUAACUAAUGUUGAAUAAAGACAAAAUAAAAAGAUUGGCUGUUAACAAGUUGAAUGAAAUUAUUUCACUAAGAUCUUUCUCCAGUUAACUAGCCACAUCUUUCCAUUGUAAAGAUGUGAAUAACUGAGUCUUGAAGGCAGGUGUAUCCAUUUAAGAAGUACUCCAGUAGUUUUUGCUCUAAUGUUUUCUAUUGGCUGGAAAUGGAAACAGUAACCACAUAUAUGGUCAAAGCAAAAGUACUAAAAUUGACAGCAGUUGUGGACUGAGGCAGAUCUGAUAUCUCCUGUUGCUAAUAGAGACUUACAGAAGAUUUUAACCCAUUGAAGCCUGGAGCUCAGGUCUGUUGUGGUUUGGUUAGCUUUCUGUCUUUUCUGUGGUAGUUGACUGGGCAUACAUCUUGGGGAAUACUUCCAAACACAGCAGAAUUGCCACUUAAGCUGUUUUUUUGUCAGGCUCAAAGGAAUCUUCAGGUUCCUGAACAGCCAUGACAUCAGUAUUAACUGCAGCAGUUGUGUGGAAGUACAUUGGCAGCAUGCUAUGAGAAGCCAUCUUCACUCCUGUCAAUUUUGAAUCUUUCCUGGAACCCAGGUUCAAUCUAGAGAAAGCAAGCUUUUUAAAACUAAAACUACAGGUCACUACACAUGACAUGAGUGCAUCAGAUAACAGAAAAUAAGACACAACAUCACAUUUUCAAAUAAUAAAACACAUGUGGCACAAUGUGAAAACUGACAUGGCCACAUUCUUUGGGAUUCAUAACUUUUCUGCAGUGCCUGCUGGAUUGGAAGUUACCUGAUUCUUACAGUAAUGUAGAAUGCAGCUUGCUAAAUUGUGAU